UUAAAUUCAGGACAUUACGCACCAAGACCCUCCCGAUAUCAUCACCAUGGAGACAUGUUUUCUCACACUUUGGAUGACAGUUGUUCUGGCUUCGAUUAUGCGGAGAUCAGUCGCGGUAGGGCCGGUUAUCCGGUGCGAACCAUGUGAUGCUGGAGCCCGGCUCCUGUGCAAGCAGUUGCCCAGGGACUGCGCAGAGAGAGUUCGCGAACCGGGCUGCGGGUGCUGCAUGACUUGCGCGCUGGCCUUUGGAAAGCCGUGCGGGGUGUACACGGGGAGAUGUGGCUCCGGGAUGACAUGCCAGUACCAGCCCGGCGAGACGAAACCUCUCCAAGCUCUGCUGGAAGGACGAGGACAGUGUGCAAACGCGAUCAUUAAAAGACCUGUUGCCACUUUAGUCAAUGAACGUCAAGAAAAUUAUGGUGGUACUCAGGAGGAGGAGCGAAUCACCACCGCCCCAGUGCUCCAAGCCCCCUUCAGCACCAGCAGACCUCCUGUAGACUCCAGACUCCCCCAUCACCCCUCUCUCCUCCACCCAGUCAAAGCAGAGGUCAUCCGCAGGGAGCAGCUGAAGAGGGCCCAGAGUUACAAGAUGGAGGAAAUCCCUGGAGCUCUCAGCACAGACCAACAGAACUUCUCCCUGGAAUCCAAGCAGGACCCAGAGUAUGGUCCCUGUCGUAGAGAGAUGGAGAGUAUCCUCAAUGGACUGAAGAUCGCAGACAUCCUCAACCCCAGAGGCUUCCGCAUCCCAAACUGUGACAAGAAGGGCUUCUACAAGAAAAAACAGUGCCGUCCAUCCAAGGGCAGAAAGCGAGGUUUUUGCUGGUGUGUCGAUAAGUAUGGGCAGCCAUUGCCAGGUUUCGACGGGAAGGAGCGAGGAGACGCUCAGUGCUACAACUCAGAGAGCCAAUAAGACAAGAGCAGCGAGAAAGAGCCAGAGAGAGAAAGCGAGAGAGAGAGAGAGGGUGAGAGAAAGAAAAAGGAGCCAUGAAUACACAGAGAAACUAUGAGGAUAUUGGGAUUCAAAAGGGUCCAAAAUGGCUGGGCCUGGACAUGUGUUGGCUGGCAUUGAUGACUCUUUGGCCCAUGGGACCUUAUGGAGGGCAGGGCAGGGGGAGUGGCUUGAGAAGAAGACAGGACUCAUCCAAUCACACUCCUUGUGUCCAACAAACAUCCUCCUAUGCUAUGUGCUGCUCAUAUGUACUGUAAGCAGUGUGUGGAUGGAUUCUCCAUAGACUGAAAGGGCAGACCAGACUUGUUUUAUGUAACUAAGAAGGACACAUGAGAUGUAAUCAUUCACUCCAUAGCAGAGGGCUAGCCUUGAUGAUUACAGACUUGAUGACAGAGGAUCAUAUACAGUACCUGUCUCGACCCUCAAUGAGAGGCGUACACCAACGCACAGCUAGGUGGCACUAUACUCACGUGUGUGGGUUUGAAUGGCUACAUUAUAUGAUUAUAUUUGUAUGUGUGUGAUUCUGUAUGUUUGAUAUGUUACUGUAUGUUUUUGUUUAAAUGUGUGUGUUUGUAUGUGUCUGUGUGGUUGUGUCUCUUUGUCUAUACGUGUAACCGUAUGCUAUGGGGUGCUGGUGUACGACCACCCUGUGGCACAGUACAGUGUCAUAAAAUGCUUUCCCAAUUUGUGGCAGAGAAUACAUAACUCAGCUUUUAGUCCAUUCAGUAUCUCACUGUAGGAUCACUGCCCUCUCCUCAGGACCCUUUAAGGGAGUUGACUAUAAAGCUUGGAUGUUGUUCUCAUCUUUCCUAUGCAGCUCAUAUACACUGUGUACAAAACAUUAGGAAUACCUGCUCGUUCCAUGACGUGGACUGACCAGCUGAAUCCAGGUGAACGCUAUGAUCCCUUAUUGAUGUCACUUGUUAAAUCCACUUCAAUCAGUGUAGAUGAAG